AUGGCGGACGAAACUGAUUAUGAACAUGAGAGCGCACUCAGCACGGAUAAAACAUAUGCAGAGCAUACGCAAAACAUCAGCGAUAACGAGAAGUUAAUUCUCUGGCUUAAUGGCGUUACACAGGAUGAAGAUACACAGCAAGGCCUAUAUAGCUCUCAAUGGGAUAUUCCAUCGGAAGCUAUCCCAUAUAUGGGGUUUUCUCCUGAGAUGAUCGAAAACUUUGGACUAAUAAUCAGUUCCAAUGGGCGCCAAAGGGUUCAAGUUCACCAAAUCGAAUAUUAUUAUAUCUUACCAGAGUAUACUCAUACACGCUCAACUGGAAUUGCAACCUUUGUUCAUGUAGCAAAGCCGUUAUUACCAGACAAUCCAACACCACAAGAGAUAAGCGCUGCUUUUACGAAGAUCAAAACCCAAAUUGAGUUCAGUUUAGGGAACGGUAAUGGAAAUGGUCGCUAUAAUAUAACAUCGUUGAAAUUCCUCCAUUCUAAUCGGAAGCUAAAUCAAGCUUGGCAUAUGCCAUACAAAUGUAGUGAUAUCCGGGUCUGUGGACAUGUGCACCCGAAGGUCACUUCAUAUACAGAGGAGUAUAAUCGUGUAGAUGUUUCCCAAAUCCGAAAUAUUGUUCGGGAGCUCCCAAAGCCUACACUUAGUAGUAUACAGCAGAUGCUUAAAGAGGCUAUUGAAAAUCAAUAUAACGCAUUUUUGCAAUUAUGGCAGGCAGAGGGUACAGCUCCAUGCCAGCCUUUUAAAAAGGACCGGUAUCCUCGCUGCUGUAAAGGCCAAAGAUUAACUGUAUUUUACCGGAACAGGAUCCCCUUUAUUGGGUGCCCGAAGAAUUCUGACGGUGAACCUUGGCAUACCGCAUGGUCAUUACCUUCGUAUAAGUCCAGUAUUGAUAUCGCAUAUCUCAGAGCCUUAUGCGAGAGUUGUAUUACCGGUGAAAAAGAUCAGUGUGUAUGGAUUGGGAGACCAGAGCAGAAGCGGCAAUACUAUGGUACUUGA